CUCCGUGACUCUUGCAGAUUCCUCAUCUGCUUCAAUGUUUUCUAAUGUCUUGUUCUCACCAAGGACCACAAGCUAUGUCAACGCUUUGUUCUUCACUUUCUCCAUCAACACCACCCUCCAUCUCCAAGUUUAUCUCUGAUCACCCAUGUCUCACCAUGCUCCAAAAACACUGUACCACCAUGACAGACUUCCAAAAGAUUUAUGCUCACAUCAUCAAAACUGGUCUUGCUCUUGACCCCAUUGCUGCUAGCCGUGUCCUCACCUUCUGUGCCUCUUCAUCUGGUAACAUUAACUAUGCUUACGUGGUGUUCACCCGAAUGCCAAACCCAAAUCUUUAUUCUUGGAACACCAUUAUCAGAGGCUUUUCCCGGAGCUCAACCCCACAAUUUGCAAUAUCACUCUUUGUUGAUAUGUUGUAUUCUGCAGUUGAACCCCAACGGUUGACUUACCCUUCGGUUUUCAAAGCUUAUGCUCAAUUGGGUGCUGGUCAUGAUGGAACUCAGCUUCAUGGGAGGGUUGUAAAAUUGGGUCUUGAAAGGGACCACUUUAUUCGUAAUACUAUCAUAUACAUGUAUGCUAAUAGUGGGCUAUUGAGUGAAGCUAGAAGAGUGUUUGAUGAGCACAUGGAACUUGAUGUGGUGGCUUGUAAUUCAGUGAUUAUGGGUCUUGCUAAAUGUGGGGAAAUUGAUGAAUCUAGGAGGUUGUUUGAUAACAUGCCAACAAGAACUGCAAUUACUUGGAAUUCUAUGAUUAGUGGGUAUGUUAGGAAUGGGAGGCUAAUGCAGGCAUUAGAGCUUUUCCGCAAGAUGCAAGAAGAAGGGGUUGAGCCAAGUGAAUUUACAAUGGUGAGUUUGUUAAAUGCUUGUGCUCACUUGGGAGCACUUCAACAUGGGGAAUGGGUUCAUGAUUAUAUUAAAAGGAAUCAUUUUGAGUUGAAUGUCAUUGUUCUCACAGCAAUAAUUGACAUGUAUUGCAAGUGUGGAUCUAUUGAAAAUGCUAUUGAAGUGUUUGAGGCAUCCCCCACAAGAGGAUUAUCAUGUUGGAACUCCAUUAUUAUAGGGCUAGCCAUGAAUGGUCAUGAAAGAGAGGCAAUUGAGUUCUUCUCUAAGCUUGAGUCUUCAAAAUUAAAGCCAGACCGUGUAAGUUUCAUUGGAGUUUUAACUGCUUGUAAACAUUUGGCAGCAAUAGAUAAAGCAAGGGACUAUUUUGCAUCAAUGAUGAAUAAGUAUGAGAUUGAACCAUCAAUAAAACACUACACUUGCAUGGUUGAAGUGCUUGGUCAAGCUGCACUCCUGGAAGAAGCAGAAGAACUAAUAAAGGGUAUGCCUAUACAGCCAGAUGCUAUUAUAUGGGGAUCUUUGCUCUCAUCUUGUAGGAAGCAAGGGAAUGUACAGAUUGCAAAACGGGCUGCCCAAAGAGUUUGUGAGUUAAAUCCAAGUGAUGCCAGUGGUUAUGUACUCAUGUCUAAUGUUCAGGCUGCAUCCAACCAAUUUGAAGAGGCAAUGGAGCACAGGCUUUUGAUGAAGGAAAGCUUGACAGAGAAAGAACCAGGAUGCAGUUCAAUUGAACUAUACGGAGAGGUUCAUGAGUUCCUAGCUGGGGGGAGGCUACAUCCUAAAACUCGAGAGAUUUACUCUUUACUGAAUGACUCUAGUUUUGCACUUAAAGAUUGAUUAUCUCUGAAAUGAUAGAACUAGUGAAAUUUAAAAAUCAAUCUGUAUAUAUAGAGGAAGUAGCUGUAAAAUAGAGAAGAGUUAUAAUAGAUGAGAAUCACAUAAUGCGACCAAAUAUCCAAUUUCCUUGUCAAUACAGUUAAAUAAAAGCAUUUAGAUUUACUGGGAUUUAUAGAUUUAUUAAGAAAAAUAAAGUGCCAGAAGUAAAAGGACAUCAUGAAAAUGGAAAGAUAGCCAUGGCAUGAAGUUCAAAUUUCUCUCCUCUCUUUCCGCUCCAACCCCCCCGGUCUUUUAUUGUUGUAGUAUGUCUUCCCGAAAUAUGCCAGUCAUCUUAGUAAUUAAUUAGAAAACAUGUGGUGACUCGUAAUUGAUGUUUUAUAUUUUACUCAUUGCACUAUCAUGUGGAUACUUACCAAUAGGCCUGCUGAAGGAAUCUCAGCUUCAUUGCAUGCACGUUUUGCUUUGACAUUCUAAGUGGAAAGACUGCAUAUACGAUAUUGAACUCUGAAAAGUAGAUCUUAAUGUAUUUAAAAUCAUAACUCUCAUUAAUUUGUUAAACCAACUAUUAAUACAGUAGAAUAAGCAUAUCAUGUUGUUUUAGCAACAAUGUCAACAUUCGAAGACCCCUUCUAGUACA